AUGGGCAAUCUUAACUUUAUCGGUGACCCCACAAUGGCCUGUCACAUACAGAGUUGUAGGUGGGAACUGAAUACCAUUCUUCUAAACACGGAGACCAAGGAAGAUGUGAACUACGAAGUGCGUCGCUACGAUGGAGGGAAAUUUGCCUGUGUGGACACCGAUAGUCGGUCAUUUGACGAGGCUUCGAGGGAGGCUGUGCUUAAGCUGCUUAAGUACAUGGGAGGCAGCAACGAUAAAGGUGUUGGGAUGGGAAUGACUGCCCCAGUGUCUAUGAUUGCUUUCCCAAAGGCAGAUGGCUCGUUGUCAGGGAAGCUGAAGGUCGGGCUUCGUCUUCCCACUAAAUUUCAAGUUGAACCACCAAAGCCAAUAGACGAGGGCAUCCGGAUUGAAGACCGGCCAGGAAUGACUGUUUAUUCCACGCAAUUUGGAGGCUAUGCAAAAGAGGCAGAUUACCGAUUUCAUGCAAACCGCCUAAUGACUGUGCUGGGAGAUGGUGCACCUUACCAGAGAAAUCAGUAUCUGUGUAAUGGUUAUGAUCCUCCCAUGAAGCCCUACGGACGUCGCAAUGAGGUGUGGCUCCUGCAGGAAGAGCCGUAAAUCAUGGGGGAAAUAAAUCUGAUAACAAAAUGACAGCCAUAGCUGUGAGAGCACGUACGUGUGCAUGUGUGUCUCUCUGUACAUGUGUAUACCUGUGACCAAGUGUGGGGGGUGUGGUUCCUGUUGAGAUGGGAUAUAUCGAUUCUCCAAACUCUUCAAGACAGUAUGUUGAAAAGUUGUGGGAAAGCAAGGUUAAAGGGUAAAUAAAACAUUUCUCGGGUGGAUCAACAAGGCCACACUCCCUGCCCUGUGUAAUGUCACCUCAAAUUUCACCCCUACCCAGAAAGGCUUCUCAGGUGCUCUGAGUGGUCAUUUUAGAAGAAAUUGACCCUCUUGCUUAAUAAUAUAAGCACACAGUGUAAAAUAGGGCGACCAUACUGCCUACAAUCAGGCUUUGAUUUACUUGUUUUGUUUUUUUGUUUGGGUGAGGUUGGGUAAUGUAGAAGCUGAAAAAUUGAAAACCAUGCAAUGAUGUGAAAAUGUAUGAAGAAUUAAUUCUUUUAUUUACUGUCUCAGGAAGAAAUGGUGUCUAGCUGAUUGUUCAUUAUGUCCAGUUGUAUCUUGUUAACCUUGCCAGCUCCGUUUGGAAUUUAAUUACAAUAAACAUUUUCAAUAAUCAGAAAACCAAA